CACUGGAUGUUGGGUCAUGUCCCAGAAACCAGAAAAAAAUAUCUAAGAAGCACCAGAUGCUGAGGCGAGCAAAGGCCAAGGAGGAAGGGACCACCGGAGGUGGAAAACUGGCGGCCCAGGUCGGGGCCGGGAGAAGGGCGGGCCUAUUGUUGGGGGAACUUGCUUCCGGGGAGGGGACAGCAGUGCGGGGCGGACCAGCACCCGGAAGUGGUGACGCGGGAGACUGUGGGGAACUGUGAGGAUCUGUGAGCGGCGUCAGUUUCACGGGCAAGAAGGCCACAGCCACUGAAGAGAUGUUGAUGGAGGAAAUUGGGGGGUACCGUGAAGACACCUAGAAAUGGAUUGGAUGGCUUUUCAGCCUGUGUGACAAACUCCUACACCGGGCGGAACGGCAUGCGAUAACAGCCAGUGGAGUAUUAGCGAUGGUUUUAAAAAGAAAAACACUCCCAGAGUCUCAUUAGAACAGAGGCGUUUGGGAGGAAAAUCAAGCUGAAAUUAAAAUGAAUUUAAUUCAAGAGCUGGGAUCUGAGAACUGUAGUAAAACCUUUUUAUUUAAAAUAUUAGGAACUAAAAAGAAAAAUGUUGGGGGGGGGAAACGGGGGAAAGUUUUGCAUUAACUACCUCAGAUUAUCCUAUAGUUCUAUUAAAGAGUAACAGUUAUCAAAUACUGAUGAUUGUUAAGCUUUACCCCAAAAAAGAAUUUUGCUGUAUUUAUUAUGGGGUGCUAAUUACAAUUAUUUUCCUGCCUUAAAGAUCAAGUUAUAAUUUUUAAAGGGAUUUUUAUAUAGUUUUACUUGAAUAAUAAUUCAGUAAGCUGAAAAUGCACAGCUAAAAUUCUUUCAUUUAAAAACCACUAAUAGUUGUCAGAUGUCAUAUAUUUGAUUUAACGUCCAAUCAAAAAGAGGAAGGAAACGAGAUUUGUGAAGUAACAAAUUGUCAAAGCAAUGUCUGUUGUGUUGUACUUCAUUUGAAACAAUAAUAUGACCCGUAAAAUUACUUUAGGAAUUUUAUUUACCUUUUACUUUGGACUAGUUUCCAUUACCACUUUCACAUACCAGGCAUUGGCAUAUGCUCUUUCCUUAAUCCAGAAUGCCUAAAUUUCAAAUUUGUAUUUUCUCCUUGCACUUUGCUUGUGAAAAGUCUAAAGUGUCUCAUAUUUUUAGAUUGUAUUAAUCCUAAUUCUUCUAAACACUCUCCCAUCCCCAAGUGUAAAUGCUAGCCGUUUUGUGAAAGUCCAUUUCUUCAUCCUAACUGGAUGAGUGUACCUCUGGCAUAAUGUAGAAUUUCUUAUGAUUGGUUCCAUAGGACUAAAACUAAAACUCAUUCUUUGCAGUUAGCUGGUUAUACCCAAAGGAAUUUGAGGGGCAGGGGGACACAAUUCAGUCCAUGGCAAUAAGCACACUACCAGGAAAUACAGCAAAAAAUACUCAUAGCAUGAUAGUUAUGAAAUAUUUUAAACACCGUACAUUGAGAAUACCUAUAUUUAAAAGUCACACAUCAGAUUUAGCAGUACACCAGAUUUUGAGUCCUGUCAUACUGAUGGCAGGAAGAUGAGUUGAACAAUGGAAUAGUUUUUUGUGUAACAGGGACAAAUAAUUUCUACAUAUGCACAUAACAUUGCACUAAUUUUAGAUUUGUUUAGAGAAAACUUGGGUGGCAUGCAGAAGAAUGGAGAAGCCUUAAUGCUUUUGACUAUUAUUAAUAAUGUGUAUAGCAAAAAUUUUCCACAUGCUGUGGAGCUCAAGUAGGUGCUCUAUGCGUGGAGUAUAGAAACGUUAGUAUUUGACUUAUUGUCACUAUUGUACAGGUUUUGUUUACUUCUUCAUCUAUUUUUUAACCCUAUUUACUCUUUACUAGUUUAGACAUGAGUCAAAGCAGCGAAGGAUGUAUGAAAAAGAUUAGCGGUGUGAAUCUUGACAAGCUUAUAAGUGAUUUCUCACAGAUAGAAAAGAAAAUGAUAGAAACCAGUGGAAAGAAUAAUAUACUGGAUAUGCAGUUGGAAAAAACUAACUAUUUGUUAAAAGUAACGCAAACAAAGGAGGUUUCAAUUAAAAAAGAAUGUUCUGCUCUUCAUAAUAUGAUAAAAGGGCUACAGCAGACCAUUGAACAUCAACAUAAUUUGAAAGGUGAAAAUGAACAACUAAAAAGAAAUGCUGAUCUUAUGAGAGAAAAGCUGAAGUCUCAUGAACAAGAAUAUAAGAAUAAUAUUGCCAAACUUAUGAGUGAAAUGAAAAUCAAAGAGGAGGGACAUAAAAUAGAAAUAAGGAAACUUUAUCAGGAUAUGCAGGAAAAAAUUGAGUCAAAUGAAGAAAAGCAUAAAGAACUGAUAGAGAAAAAGGAGGUGGAAAUUUCAGAGUUAAAUGCAAAGUUAAAAACUCAGGAAAAGGAAAAACAAAGUGAAAUAAUCAAAUUACAGCUCGAGUUUGAUGCCAAACUAGCAAGAGUUCAAACUAAAUCAAAAUCCUAUGCAGAUUCUACUGUUUUGCCACAGAGUAUCUACAGAAGGGUAUGUGAGAUUUUUUUCCAUAGCCAUUGUGUAAGAAAAUAAAUGUUCUCAGUGUGUUUCUAUAAAAGCUAUCUAGUAUUUACUAACAAUAUACUUAACAGUUUUUCUUAAAAUAUAUCACACAACCAGAAAGAUACUAGGUCUUGAAUAAUAUUUAAAAGUCACUUUCAAUUUAAAAUAGUAAAUCUUAGGGGUGCCCGGGUGGCUCAGUCAGUUAAGUGUCCAACUUC